ACGUUUUUAUGCCAGCCUGUUGGAUUUCUGGGCAUUACCACACUCUAUUCCCCGUCUCUACAGACAGAGUUCAACAGUAGGUCAACGUUAGACAGUUAAAUCUGUUAAAACUUACUUUUAUAACUUAGAGGCAUCCAUCAUGAGGGAAAUUGUGCACAUCCAGGCUGGCCAGUGCGGCAACCAAAUUGGCGCAAAGUUCUGGGAGGUGAUCAGUGAUGAGCAUGGCAUCGACCCAACAGGAGCCUACCAUGGAGACAGUGACCUGCAGCUGGACAGGAUCAGUGUGUAUUACAAUGAAGCCUCAGGUGGGAAGUAUGUGCCCAGAGCCAUUCUUGUUGACCUGGAACCAGGCACCAUGGACUCAGUCCGCUCUGGACCCUUUGGCCAAAUCUUCAGACCGGAUAACUUUGUCUUUGGUCAGAGUGGAGCAGGAAACAACUGGGCCAAAGGUCACUACACGGAGGGGGCGGAGCUUGUGGAUUCAGUUCUGGAUGUGGUGAGGAAGGAGGCUGAGAGCUGCGAGUGCCUGCAGGGCUUCCAGCUCACUCACUCCCUCGGGGGAGGCACCGGCUCCGGCAUGGGAACGCUGCUCAUCAGCAAGAUCCGAGAGGAGUACCCCGACCGCAUCAUGAACACCUUCAGUGUGGUGCCCUCUCCUAAGGUUUCAGAUACGGUGGUUGAGCCGUACAACGCCACCCUGUCGGUCCACCAGCUGGUAGAAAACACAGAUGAGACCUACUGUAUUGACAACGAAGCCCUUUAUGACAUUUGCUUCCGCACUCUUAAACUCACCACACCCACCUACGGCGACCUCAACCACCUGGUGUCGGCCACCAUGAGCGGCGUCACCACCUGCCUCCGUUUUCCCGGCCAACUGAACGCCGAUCUGAGGAAGCUGGCCGUCAACAUGGUGCCCUUCCCUCGCCUCCACUUCUUCAUGCCCGGCUUUGCCCCUCUGACGAGCCGAGGCAGCCAGCAGUACCGCGCCCUGACGGUGCCCGAGCUCACCCAGCAGGUCUUCGACGCCAAAAACAUGAUGGCGGCGUGCGACCCUCGUCACGGUCGCUACCUGACGGUGGCCGCAGUUUUCCGUGGCCGCAUGUCCAUGAAGGAGGUGGACGAGCAGAUGCUGAACGUCCAGAACAAGAACAGCAGCUACUUUGUGGAGUGGAUCCCCAACAACGUCAAGACGGCGGUCUGCGACAUCCCGCCGCGCGGCCUCAAGAUGGCCGUCACCUUCAUUGGCAACAGCACGGCCAUACAGGAGCUGUUCAAACGCAUCUCUGAGCAGUUCACCGCCAUGUUCCGCCGCAAGGCCUUCCUGCACUGGUACACCGGCGAGGGCAUGGACGAGAUGGAGUUCACAGAAGCCGAGAGCAACAUGAACGACCUGGUGUCGGAGUACCAGCAGUACCAGGACGCCACGGCCGAGGAAGAGGGGGAGUUUGAAGAGGAUGUGGAGGAGGACGCCUGAACAAAAUUAACAAAGCUGAGGCAAAGUUAAAGAAACAAAUUAAAAUGAU